AUGGCCUUGGCCCAUCCUCUAUCCAGCCUGCGGGUGGUAGAACUUGCAGGUCUGGCACCAGGUCCAUUCUGUGGCCUUCUCCUCGCCGACUAUGGUGCAUCUGUACUUCGUAUAGAUGGACCCCGCUCACCAAAGGGUGACGUAUUAGCAAGGCACAAGUCAUCUAUCUGCCUGGAUCUGAAGCAACCUUCUUCCAAGGCCAUCUUGUUGUCGAUCUUAUCCAAUGCCGAUGUUCUCAUUGACCCUUAUCGCCCUGGAGUCCUUGAACGUCUAGGGUUGUCGCCUACUGAGGUCCUGCUGAAACAUAACCCACGCUUGAUCAUUGCCCGGCUCACCGGUUUCCGUCGAGAUGGUAAGUAUCAGGACAUGGCAGGCCACGACAUCAACUAUCUAGCCGUUUCUGGCGUACUGUCCAUGAUGGGACGGUCUGAUGAGAGCCCAUAUGCGCCGGGUAAUAUUCUGGCAGAUUUUGCCGGAGGAGGUGCCAUGUGCUUUAUUGGGAUUCUAAUGGCUUGGAUAGCUCGAAACUUGACAGGUCGAGGGCAAGUUGUCGAGGCCAAUAUGGUGGAUGGUUCAGCAUAUCUUGCAACUUUUCCCAGGCUAACUAGCAAAACUCCAUUUUGGGGAUUUCCCAGAGGGGAAAAUGUACUUGACGGGGGAUGUCCAUGGUAUACUACAUACGAGACGAAAGAAAAGGGCAAGUAUUUUGCUGUUGGAGCAUUGGAGCGUCAGUUUUACAAGGCGUUUAUCCAAGGCUUGGGACUUGAAGGAGCGGGUCUUCCCUCAAGAGACGAGAGAAACAACUGGCCAGCGCUGAAAGACGCAUUUGAGAAGCGUUUUAAACAAAAGACUCGCAAAGAGUGGGAAGAUGUGUUUAAUGGGACUGACGCUUGUGCGACGCCUGUGUUGGAACAGUCCGAACUUGAGCGGGCGGGGUAUACGCAGCGACUUCCGGUACAUAUGGCUAGAACUCCUGGCAAGGGUAUACCUGAGGGGAAAGGGGAUUGGACAGGUGGCGUGAUAAAUAAGGGACAUCAUGGCGAAGAGUUGCUGAAAGAGUGGAUGGGGUGGAAAAGGGACAUUCAGUAUACUGAAGAUGGUGAUGGUGUACUUACAGCAGUGCAGGGGGCGAAACUAUAA